AACGUUUAAGGAAAUAUAAAAAACAGAAAGUUUAAAAUUUUUAUUUUAAAAACAAUUUUCAAUGAAUAUUAAACCUUCUCUACUAAUAAAUUCUCUAAUUUUACUAUGGAUUUUGUCAAUAAGUGGCGAACCUCUAGUGAAAAUUUCUCAGGGAACAUUAAACGGAACUAUACAGAUAGCCAGAUAUGGAAGAUGUUUUUCGGCUUUUCUAGGAGUACCGUAUGCAAAACCUCCAAUUGGAAACCUACGUUUUAAAAAUCCAAAACCAGCGACAGUUUGGAGAGGAAUACGCCCUGCAUAUUCAUUCGGAAACAUUUGUCCGCAAAAUAAUGAUGGAAGAAUAUUAGGAAAAGAUGACUGUUUAUUGUUAAAUAUCUAUACCCCAUUUCAAAAUUUUCAAACACCAGUACCCAAUGACAAAUUACUUCCAGUUAUGGUAUGGAUACAUGGUGGUAAUUUUCUCAUAGGAAGUGGUAAUUUUUAUGGACCUGGAUAUUUAAUGGAAAAGGACAUUAUUUUGGUGACAAUAAACUAUAGACUCGGAAUUUUAGGAUUUCUAACAACAGGUGAUGCAGUAGCAUCAGGAAAUUUUGGCCUUAAAGAUCAAGUUGAAGCUUUACGAUGGAUUCGUAGAAAUAUUAGAUCAUUCGGUGGAAAUCCAAAUAAUGUAACUAUAUUUGGAGAAAGUGUAGGAGGUAUUUCCGUGAAUCUACAUUCAAUUUCUAAAGCCAGUAGGGGAUUAUUUCACAAAUAUAUAAUUCAAAGUGGAACAGUGGUAGGGCCUGGUGCAUAUCAAGAACCAAAAGAUUCUGUCGUUCAUGUUAAAAAUUUAGCAAAAUUAUUCAAUUGUUCAACAAACGAAUCACAAACAAUUGUUAAUUGUCUUCGAAAAAUUAAUUCAGAUGAUUUAGUAAAAACAACUGCAGUUGGCGAAACAAUGAUGAAAUAUGGCCAUUUUAUUUGGAAUCCAACAAUUGAAUCUAAUUCACCAGAUGCAUUUUUAACAGAAACUCCAUUAAAUAGUGUGAACAAUAAUAAAAUGAAAGAUAUGCCUUUCAUGAGUGGCGCAGUUACUGACGAAGGUCUAACUUUUACUAGCGGGGCAUAUUCUAAUGACAUUGUAUAUCAACAAUUAAGAGCAAAUAUUAACAAAUCAUUCAAUUAUCUCGCAAAACAUUAUAAACAACAAUCAGGAAAGUUUUUUUCGGCUUUAGAUAAAUUUUACUUUAACGGCACAUAUUCCACCAGCAAUAAAAACGAGUUCUUAAGCGGAACAACAAAAUUUUUUAGCGAUACAGUAUUUUUGUAUCCACAAGUGAGAAUGUUAGAAAAAGUAACUCCAAAAAUGAGAAAUUAUAAUUACUUUUAUAAUUUUGGAUAUCGAGGAUCAGUCAGUGUAACAGCAAGAUAUGGAGAUAAACGAAAUUAUGGUGUAUCACAUCAAGAUGAAAUUUUAUAUUUAUUCCCAGUCACUUAUGGAUCUUUUAUAACAUCAAAUGUAAAUUUUACUCGAAUCGAUGAAAAAAUUAGUCGAAUAAUGGUUGACUUUUGGACAUCAUUUGCUACAAAUGGAAAACCAACAUCUAGCGAAUUAUUGAAUCCUAAUUUAUGGCAGCCAUAUUCACCUAAUACAACAAAUCACAUUCAAAUCGGAAACAUUAGAAACAAUCGAGAUCCAAUUGUAUCAAUGUCAAAAAAUUAUUUUACAAAACGAAUCAAUUUUUGGAAAAAAAAUGCUCCUAUAUACAUUAAAAUGUUGAUAAAAUAUAAAAAAAAAAUAAUCGCCAUGAUUUUUCAACUAUUAUUAAAUUUAUUAUGGAUUUUUUCCAUAAACGCUGAACCUUUAGUGCAAAUUUCUCAUGGAACUUUAAAUGGUACUGUGGAGAUUGCAAGAUAUGGAAAAACAUAUUCAGCAUUCCGAGGAAUUCCCUAUGCGCAACCACCAAUUGGAAAUCGACGAUUUAAAAAUCCAGAGCCAGCUACAGCUUGGUGGGGAAUAAAACAAGCAAAGUCAUUUGGAAAUAUUUGCCCUCAAAAUAAUAAUGGUGCCAUAUCAGGGAAUGAUGAUUGUUUAUUCCUUAAUGUAUAUUCGCCAUUGUUAAGCUUCCAAAAUCCACUGCCCAGAAAUAAAUUACUUCCGGUUAUGGUAUUCAUUCAUGGAGGUAGCUUUCUCACAGGAAGUAGUAAUAUUUACGGACCUGGAUAUUUAAUGGAAAAAGAUAUUAUUUUAGUGACCAUAAACUAUAGACUCGGAAUUUUAGGAUUUCUAACAACAGGUGAUGCAGUAGCAUCAGGAAAUUUUGGCCUCAAAGAUCAAGUUGAAGCUUUACGAUGGAUUCGUAAAAAUAUUAGAUCAUUUGGAGGUGAUCGUGACAAAGUGACUAUAUUUGGACAGAGUGCUGGAGGUGUUUCAGUUAAUUUGCAUUCAGUUUCUAGAGCCAGUAGAGGUUUGUUUCAAAAAUACAUAAUUCAAAGUGGAACCAUAGUUGGACCAGGUGCAUAUCAAAAGAAACAAGAUUUUCAAAAUCACGUUAGGGAUUUAGCAAAAUUAUUCAAUUGUCCGCUCGAUAAAUCGCGAAAAAUCAUUAAUUGUCUACGAAAUGUGAAUUCAGAUGAUUUAGUCAAAACCAGUACAACGGUUCAGACAAUAAUAAAAUACGGUCAUUUUAUAUGGACUCCAACAGUUGAAUCUAAUUCAGCUGGUGCAUUUUUAACAGAAAUUCCAUUAAACAGUGUCAACAAUAAUAGAAUGAAGGAUUUACCAUUUAUGAGUGGAACUGUUACCGAUGAAGGUCUAGCACUAACAAGUGGGGGAUACUCAAAUGAAGUUAUUUAUCAAAUGGAACGAUCAAAUAUAAGAACAUUAGUAAAAAGUUUCUCAGACUACUAUAAACAAGAUUUAGAUAUUCUCUUUUCGAAAAUUGACAAAUUUUAUUUUAAUAGCAAAUUUAACACCAGCAGUAAAAUUGAGUUCUUGAAUGGAAUGACAAAAAUUUUCAGUGAUGCAAAUUAUUUCUAUCCACAAGUAAGAAUGUUAGAAAAAGUAACUCCAAAAAUGAGAAAUUCAAAUUAUUUUUACUCAUUCGGAUAUCGAGGUGCCCUAAGUUUAACGGAAGUAACUGGCGAUAAACAAAAUUAUGGAGUUAAUCAUGCCGAUGAACUUUUAUAUUUAUUUUCAGUUACAUAUGGAUCUUACCUAACAUCAAAUGCAAAUUUCACACAAAUCGAUGAAAAAAUUAGCAAAAUAAUGGUGGACUUUUGGACAUCAUUUGCUACAAAUGGAAAACCAACAUCUAGCGAAUUAUCUAAUUCUAAUUUAUGGGAACAAUAUUCAACUAAUACAACUUCUCAUAUUCAAAUUGGAAACAUUAGAAAGAAUACUGAUCCAACUGUAACAAUGUCUAAUAAUUAUUUUACAGAUAGGGUCAAUUUUUGGAGAGAAAAUGCUCCUAUAUAAAAUUGUAAUUUUAAAAAUUACCUUCUAUUUCUAAAUUUUACAAAUACCGUCAAAUUAUUUACUAUUAAAUAAUUAUUAAAUGUAUAUUAAUAAAUAAAUUCGUAUUAACUA